UAAAUGAACUACGAGAAACAGAACAAAUUGCAGACAGAUGGUUAUUAGAUGACAACUUUGGAAGAACAUUGGAAUGGUUAAAUAAACAAGAUAAAGAUCAGUAUACCAAAAUACCAGAACAAACAAUAUCAAGAACAAUGACAAGGCCAAGCUCACCAAUAUCACCAACCUUCCUUGAUAAACCAAAAGGGAUAGUACAAGGCACAUUAA